AUGGGGUUUCCAGAACCCCUUUCACCGUUAUCCGAUCAUGCUUCAGACUCCAAUGUUGCAGCUACUGGCUACGUAAUGCGUUCUGCUCGCCAGGUAGUUAUCUUACGACGGAAUAAUUACCAUCAUCACCCAUACGCUGCCGCAAAUCCAGCAUCUACGUCUAUGUAUAAGAUCUAUGGCAAUAACAAAUGUAAUAGAGUUGAAGAUCGUAUCAAUAAUUUAAAUCAACAAGCGGUCGAGACUUUUGUCAAAACAGAGCGAAAUUGCUCUGAUGAUAUCUACACAGACAGGUGUCUUUACGCGCCCAGUAGCUCUCACAUCUACCAGUCCCAUUGGCUAAUGAACUCGGGUCAACAACAAACACCGUUAAUUACCCCUAUACCAUCGUUAACUGUACCUAUCGUACCAUCAACUCCAUUAUCUUCAAUAUCCGAUAAUUUGUUGUCGCAACUUAACGUAUCAUCAUCGUGUUCACCCAACGGAAUUAAACUACUCAUACAUGGUGAUUUAAUGACGACUACUAGGGGCUGGACCCCGGAUGAACGUAAAUGUGGCAGACGGUUAGUACAGUUUCGGCGACGACAAGAAGACAAGGACAUACAUGUCUGGUUUAGAACAAUUGAUCCGAACGAAAGAAUACCCAAUGCAAUCAUUGUUUCGUGCAUUUACUGGGCCAUAAACAAGAAAUGGUAUAUUACAUCUGUCGACUAUGUGCAUUUGUUGGAGUCAAUUAUUGCACUAAAACUUACUAUCGAGGAAAAGAACAGAAUUCGCCGAAAUUUGGAAGUGUACAAGCCUUUAACAGCGAGCAAACACAAUGAGUCUAGUGGGGAUUUGUAUAAAAUGAUUAUGGAAUUCCCCAACCCAAGACCUAGGAAUAUUGAGAAAGAUAUUAAGGUAUAUUCAUGGGACUGCCUAGCAGCUGCUUUGCAUAAGAUUGUGAAUAAAUAUGCAAAAUGGUGA